AUGUCCUCCUCUACAUCGAUACAACCUAAAAAAAGAAAGAUAAACUUCUCCAACAUAAUCCUUGGAGCAGGUAUAAACAUGGCCGAGGUGACCACCCUAGGCCAACCACUCGAAGUGAUCAAAACGACCAUGGCCGCCAACAGAAACCUAAACUUCCUCAACUCCAUCAAAUACGUAUGGAGUAGAGGUGGUAUUUCCGGUUUCUACCAGGGUCUAAUUCCAUGGGCAUGGAUUGAAGCAUCCACGAAAGGUGCUGUUCUUUUGUUUGUUUCAGCUGAGACUGAAUAUCGUUUGAAAUUGCUCGGUGCUGGGAACUUCACAUCGGGGAUCAUCGGAGGUAUAUCAGGUGGGGUUAUUCAAUCCUAUUUGACUAUGGGGUUCUGUACUUGUAUGAAAACUGUAGAAAUUACUAGGAAAAAAUCUGCUGCUAUCCCGGGGACUAUACAACAAUCUUCUUGGACUGUAUUCAAGGGAAUAUAUGGGAAAGAAGGUUUGAGAGGGAUAUAUAAGGGUGUUAAUGCUGUUUCCAUUAGACAAAUGACUAAUUGGGGGUCCCGUUUUGGGUUCUCAAGAUUAGUUGAAGAUGGGAUUAAGAAAUUAACCGGGAAGACUAGUCCUGAUGAUAAAUUAAAUGCAUGGGAGAAAAUCGGUGCUACCGCAAUUGGUGGUGGGUUAAGUGCUUGGAAUCAACCUAUUGAAGUUAUUAGGGUUGAAAUGCAAUCAAAGAAGGAAGAUCCAAAUAGGCCAAAGAAUUUAACUGUAAGUAAAACUUUUAAAUAUAUCUUGCAAACAAAUGGUAUUAAGGGUCUUUAUCGUGGUAUAACUCCAAGAAUUGGUCUUGGCAUUUGGCAAACUGUCUUUAUGGUCGGAUUUGGGGACAUGGCGAAGGAAUUCGUCGCCAAAUUGACUAAUGAAACUCCAAUCAGUAGCCAUUAG